UUGGGAAAGACGAGAAGUCUGGGAAGGUGUGUUUGCAUUGACGUAAUCUAAUCAAUUGAUUCUGGGACCACAGCUACCCGGAGCUCCUCUCCCUUGUCAACGGCUUCCCCGCAAUCCAAACCAACGCUGAUCGAACCCCGGACAGAGCCCAGAGCCUGGUCUGCCAGGGUCCAACGGCCUGAAGCCAAUAUAAGCCGGCGAUAUCCUUCAGGAUCACCUGUUGGGGUUCCCCCUCGCUCCCCGUGUUAUUUGCAAUUGAAACCAGUCGGCAACCCCGCGGGAAAGUUGAGAUCGAGAGUGUUGAUUUUGACAUAGACUCCCCUGUUCAGACGGCAUCAUGUCGGCAAGCAGAGCGCUCCGGGGCAGUAACGCGCUGUUGUUGCGUGCUGUGUCCACAUCCCCGUCCUCAUCGUCCACGGCUGCCCGGGCGGGCCGGUCCGCUGCCCUGGCCCUCGAGUGCCGCCGCCGAUUCACUGCCUCGGCCCGCGCCAUGUCGUCCUUCUAUGCUGAUUGGGAGCCCGAAGGCCCCUCGGUCAAGACCCCGAUCCCCGGCCCCAAGUCCAAGGCCGCCAUCGCCGAGCUAGACGAGGUAUUCGACACGCGCAGCUUGAACAUGCUCACCGACUACACGAGGUGCGCGGGCAACUACAUUGCCGAUCUGGACGGCAAUGUGUUGCUGGACGUCUACGCACAAAUUGCCUCCAUUCCGCUCGGAUACAAUAACCCGGCCCUUCGUCAGGCCGCCAGCAGCCCCGACAUGAUCAACGGCAUCAUCAACCGUCCUGCCCUGGGCAACUUCCCCUCGGCCGAGUGGGCCAACAUCCUCAAGACGAGCAUUCUCAAGGUCGCCCCCAAGGGUCUCAACCAAGUCUUCACGGCCAUGGCUGGUUCGGACGCCAACGAAACCGCGUACAAGGCCGCCUUUAUGUGGCGCCGCCAGCGCGACCGGGGCGGCCCGUCCGCCGAGUUCACCGAAGAGGAGAUGAACUCAGCCAUGAAUAACCAGUCACCGGGCUCGUCCAAGCUUUCCAUCCUCUCCUUCAAGACGGGUUUCCACGGCCGCCUCUUCGGUUCCCUCUCCACCACCCGCUCCAAGCCUAUCCACAAGGUCGACAUCCCUGCCUUCGACUGGCCGCAGGCCACCUUUCCGCAGCUCAAGUAUCCCCUGGAUCAGCACGCAGCCGAUAACGCGGCCAUCGAGCGCGCCGCCCUCGACGAGGUCGAACAUCUUAUCACAACCUAUCACGUCCCGCCUUGCGCCGUGGUCGUCGAGCCGAUCCAGUCCGAAGGCGGCGACAACCACGCGACGCCGGCCUUCUUCCGCGGCCUGCGCGAGAUCACGCGCAAGCACGGCGUGCUGCUCAUCGUCGACGAGGUCCAGACCGGCGUCGGCGCAACCGGCCGCUUCUGGGCGCACGAGCACUGGGACCUGCCGCACCCGCCCGACAUUGUCACCUUCAGCAAGAAGGCCCAGACGGCCGGCUACUACUUUGGCGACCCCUCCCUGCGGCCCAACCGCCCGUACCGCCAGUUCAACACGUGGAUGGGUGACCCAGCCCGGGCGCUCCUGUUCCGUGCCAUCAUCGACGAGAUCGAGAAGCAUGAUCUGGUCAGGCACACGGCCGAGGUCGGCGACUACCUAUACGGGAAGCUGGAGCGCCUGGCCGCCAGGUAUCCUGACGAGUUCCGGAACCUGAGGGGCAAGGGGAUGGGCACCUUCAUUGCCUUCGACAGCCCCAGGAGGGACGAGUUCCUGGCCAAGGCCAAGACCUUCGGCGUCAACAUUGGCGGCUGCGGCCAGAACGCUGUCCGGCUGCGCCCCAUGCUCAUCUUUGAGAAGAAGCACGCCGACAUUUUGGUUGACACACUGGAAAAGAUUGUCACGUCCUGGUAAAAGAAGACGUGUUGAGCCGUCGCGAAGUGAGGUCAGGAGAGGGUGGGGGGGUACGAUGGCGUGUUCAUUGCCUGGCCGACGGGAAGUUUGAGGAUACCGGUUUGGAGUGUUGUGGGCCGGGUGCGGUCAACCAAAACAGUGCACCGGGGAACAAUAAUUAACUAGUGUCUUGCUCUCAUGUUCUCGGUUGCGCAGAAGGCGGUUCUGACCGGUACGUAAAGUAUAUAUACAUUCGUACCGAGCCGGACCGCAAAGAUCGAGCACAUCCAUUUAGGGUU